AUGUUUAGUACUUUAAGAAGAGUUCAACCAUUAAGAUUGGUAAGGAGUUUAUUCAUUCAAACGUUGGAGACUCCCAAUGAACAAGCACUUAAAUUUUUACCUUCGAUGAAAAUUUUACCUGAAGGGACCACCAAAGAAUUUUUAAGUGGAAGAGAAGCUUCAGUUUCACCAUUAGCUUUAAAAUUAUUCACUAUUGAUGGUAUAAGGUCAGUUAUGUUUGGAUCUGAUUUCAUAACUAUUGAGAAGACAGGAGAUUUACAUUGGUCAUUAAUCAAACCGGAGAUAUUUUCCAUUUUAACUGAAUAUUUAACUAAUGGAACUCCAAUCAUCUCAGAAUCUUUGCUUACUAAAGAUAUGGAAAUCAAUGAUGAAGAUGAUGAAGUUGUUUCCAUGAUCAAAGAAUUGAUUUUCACAAGAAUCAGACCUGCCAUUCAAGAUGAUGGUGGAGAUAUCGAGUUUGUGAAGUUUAUCGAAGAUGAAGGAAAAGUUAUUUUGAGAUUAAUGGGUGCUUGUAGAAGUUGUGAUUCAAGUAGUAUUACUUUAAAGAAUGGAAUUGAAAGUAUGUUACAAUAUUAUAUCGAAGAAGUUAAGAGUGUAGAACAGUUCGAAGAAGAAGAAGGAGAAGAAGAAAUAGAGAUCAAAUCAAAACCAAUGGAGACUAACCCUCCAAUUUUGUAA